CUCAAGUCCCAAGUCAAGACAGGCAAGGCCGAGUCAAGUCUCAUGUCAAGCCCGUCAAGUCUCAAGUCCUAAACUUUGAGUUUCGAGUCCUAAACAAGUCAUACUGUGCUCUUCACCAAAUGUAAUGCCAUUUCAUAUUUUUAACAAGAGUAAUAGUAUAUUACAUUCACGCAAAUCAUGAAUGCUUUUAAAAAUAUCUAUAUAUUUAUUACUUUCCAAAUAAACUUUAUAUUUCCAUGGAAAUACAUGGGUAGCCAUGAGAAAGACGCACCCCAAUAGUGAUCGACUAUCGAGGAUCGCUAUGGUGCGCAAUCGGGCGAUGUAGGCUUGUACACAAUCGCCCAACCUUACACACACACACACACACUCUCUCUCUGUAUGGUUACAGUAGGCUAACGUAUGUCAAUGGUUUUAGGAACAGCAGUAACAUCAGUCAGGAUUUAGACUACCAACUGCCUAGCCAGUUGUAGCUCAAUCUUGGGUGCAAUGAUCACGUUCCCGCACUGACUGUGUGGAGGCUCAUUGAUUUAACGUUACGUUAGCCUACAUGUUACACCAGUAAAGUAAUAAAAUAUAUAGCUGUCGGCUAUAUUAGCCACGACUUACCGUUAUUUGUGCAGCUUCAAAUGUCGAACAAAGUUGGAAAUUGUUGCACCUCCGUCUGUAAUUUUCUUCCUGCGUGUUUUGCAAGUCUAUAUAUCCGAAAAUGAUAAUUUUGGGUAUCAUCUUUCCAAGGGCUCCAUCUGAAUUCACCCGCCGACGUUCCUCUGCACUGCCACGCACAACUAUUUCUCAGCUGGCACAAAUUGAUUGGCUGCUGUCCGAUUCAAACUGUAAUCCGUUAAAUGAAGAGUUGAUGCGCUGCACACUUUUUUAAAUAGCAUCAUUUUUUAUAUUUGGGCUUGGGGAGGGUAUCAAGUCAGGUUGAGUCAUAAGGCUCAAGUCCAAGUUAAGUCACGAGUCAUUGGUGUUAAAGUCAAAGUCGAGUUGCAAGCCAUCAUAUUUGUGACUCGAGUCCAAGUCAUGUGACUCGAGUCCAAGUCAUGUGACUCGAGUCCAAGUCAUGUGACUCGAGUCCAAGUCAUGUGACUCGAGUCCAAGUCAUGUGACUCGAGUCCAAGUCAUGUGACUCGAGUCCAAGUCAUGUGACUCGAGUCCAAGUCAUGUGACUCGAGUCCAAGUCAUGUGACUCGAGUCCACACCUCUGCUCAGUUCACACGCAAACACACAUGCAUGCGCACACGCACACAAAAAUCACACACACACACACACACACACACACAACCAGCUGUGAUACUGUGUAGUUUACAGUUCCCUGUUCCUCAUUUUCAGUACUGUCCAAAUCAUCUCCAAGGAAGAUAGAUGAAUAUGUACCUGUCACAAAUUUACACAGGGCUUUCUCCCUUAUUUAAGUUAUUUCUUUCCUUCUUCUGUUAAAUGUGUGUGCAUGUGUGUGCUUGUGCCUGCCUGGGCGAUUGCAUGAGUUUAUGUGAGAAAAGGAGAGACGACAUACCAAUGGAACUUUAUUUUCUGCCUGGAAUAUGAGUCCUAUGUGUGUAGGAGCCUACAUCGACAGAGAAGACUGCUGUGCUGUUCUCAGCUGAGGACAGGAGAGAAUUCAGUUCAGACUUUAUGGAAGGGGGUAGCCAGAAGACCUGAUGAUGCCCUAAGGGUUCACAUAUUGUUUCCAUCAAACCAUAUAGGAUUAAAGACCAGAGUCAGCCGAGUCUGACUUAUAGACAGAAGAUACUAGCCUAGACCAGAGAGGCCAAAGAAACAGUUAGUGACAUCAUCAUGAAUGCCCCGCCCACAGGAAGUCCCAGCCCAAAUAUGGAGGUGAAGGUGGUCUCCCAGGAGAUGGCGUUGUUUAGCAACGCCCUGGCGGCCUACACCUUCAUAGCAGACCAGCCGGAGCGAGCAGCUCUUGUGUUUGUUAGUGGUGUGUGUGUGGGUCUCCUUCUCACCCUCUGUGCCCUGGUGGUCCAGAUACACUGUCGCACCGACUGUCACUACAGUAACCGACGGCGACAUCACCAUCAGCACAGAAACAGGACUCACCACCAUCACCAUGGGGACCAUCACUGUCACCACCAUCACCAACCUGGCAACCCUAACACAGGCAACCCUGGCGUAACCACGGAGACGAGUGAAGACAGCGAAUCAGAGGACUGGGACGACAGGAACUCUGACCUCACGGCUCGACGACGAAGGCGAUUUGAGAGAACGCUGCUGCAAACCAGCGUUUUCACCUCCGCAGAAGAGUUGGAGCGAGCUCAGAGGGUUGAGGAGAGAGAGAGGAUCAUGGGAGAGAUCUGGAUGAAUGGACAGCCUGACGUCAACACCGUCACACGCAGCCUCAACAGAUACUACUGACAGGAACGGAGGACGAGAGGAAGAGAGUGAUGGAUACACAUACGGAUGGAAGAAGAGAAAAAGAAACGAUAGGGAAAUAAUGCCAUUUUAGACAAUGUCGCAUUGAAGGGUGCGUGAAGCCUCCAAAUCAAAUCAAAUACUAUUGGUCACAUACACAUGUUUAGCAGAUGUUAUUGCGGGUGUAGCGAAAUGCUUGUGUCCAGUAGUUGUGGAUAGAGACAAAUGGGAAUGGACGAGGGAGCGGACAAUGACCUCCAUCCCUCUGACACUGGGCACAGAACCGUGAGGUUUAGGGCGUGUCUGGCAGAGUGAUGUAGUGGUAAAGAAAUAGGUGGGUAUACGCUGAUCACCUUCGCGGUGAGUAUAGUAACGUUCCUUAUACUUUCAAGGCAUUUUCCCACCAAAAUUGCGCAAAACUAAAAAAGGUUGCGUGAACGUCUUUUACGUGCGUUUGCCCUCCACCACACCACUGGUCAGACAUGACACCAGGCUUACGCCAAUCUAAGCCUUCUGGGAGCUGUGAUGGGGAGGGAGAAAGUGCACACCUCUCACUAGAGGAAAGAAGUAGGUAAUGAGGAUGCAGCAGCCUAUUAGCUGCCCAGGAUGGUUCCUCUGGAGUCAGCCCCCGCCCGAGACCUGAGGUGGAUGUUGUCAUCAACCCGUGUGUAAACUGUGACCUUCCUGACGUCCUCACCGUCACCGUUGACAACGGGCCCACAAUUCACAUCUAUGGAAAUCUCUGUUUUCCUGGCUGAACAUUCUGGUUUUUCUACUUGGUUCCAGACUGGUACUGACUUACACAGCACAGUUCACUACGAGGACAAGGACCACAGAGAAAACCUGUCAACUGGAAUGACAUUUUUUUUUUUGCCUUCACUCAAUCUUCAUGUGUAUUGAAUUGAUUCACUGCUGUACUUUGUGGAUGAAUUCCUUUUUUUUAAUAAAAUAGCAACACUUUCUUAGUUUGUCUCAGGGAUGCUUUUAAGGGUUGUCGUUGGGGACAUGUUUUGUGUUUUGAAGAUGAUGCAUCAAUCAUUCCUUUAUAGUCACAGAGAGACUGUGACUAUAAAACUGCGUCGGGUUUGGUUCGUCGGCAGGAGUGUGCAUUCGUUAGGUAACUAGCACGGCUGUGUGCCUUGAACGUAGCCACGACUGCUCCAAAUUCAGUCAGCUCCCGAACAGUGCCCUUCAGAUAACAACAAAGUGCAAUACAGUCCCCGUACAGCCCUUAAAGAAGCCACCACCAUAUUGCUAACACCUAUCUUUUCCCUUCAGAUGUGAAACACUGAAGAGGUAGUUGGUAGUCUCUACUAUGUGUGUUGCUUUUGGAGUGACGCGGGGUUGGUGCAACGCUACCGUGUGAUGUUUGUAAUCGGGUCAAUGGCGCAACACAACAGUGUUUUUAUCUCUGCCGUGUUUCCGGGGGUUUCCCCUAGCUUGUCGUCUGUAUUAGAAACGCUGCCUGUGAAGUGAAAAGUCUGUCUGAGAGAGAGAGAGGUUCUGUAUGCAUCCUUCCUUCCUCCCCUCCAUGAGGUAAUCACAGAUCUGAGAGAGGGUGUACAGGUGAAAACAGUAGGAUCGGGGGCCUUGUUCUCACUUCUCCAGUCAAUACAGAUCAGUGAUUUCCUCAAGGAAGGGAGAAAAGAAGGAAAUAAACAUUGCAUUGAAGGAUCACUUUAAUUUCGUACUCAAACAGGGACAGUGGAUGACUGAGAUCAACACACAGACCUUUUAUUGAAUAAUAAAACCCGUUGGAAACAAA